AUGCCCAAAAUUGUCAUGCCUGACUCUUUUGUAAGUAAAAUGGUGAAAGCAUUAAAAGUCAAAUCACUUAUUGUUCCCACACAACAAAUCAGAAUUGCAGAUGAUCUUAUGAAUCAGCUUGAUCAACAAGUCGAAGAAGAAGAAAUUCACCGCAAAGAAAAUAGAUGUGGAUCACUUAAUCGUUUCUUAUUUGAGAACAGUUCACAAGAGUGUGAUAAACAAGUGUUUACCGAACAACAACCCAUAAGCACGCAUCUAAGUGAAGAUUUAAGCAUGGAAGCGUCUGAUAACGAUACCAUUGAUGAUAUUUGUGUGGUUUCAAAACGGAAAAGUGGGGAAAUAAAAAGGCGUUAUAUUGAAGAAAGUGAUAAAAGCUCCCGUAUUUCAGAUGAAAAUUCAGAAAUAAGAACAAACAUUGAUGAUGUUGAUAAUAUAAGUACAAACUUAACAUCUUCGAUAUUAUUACCAAAAACAAAAAGACUUUAA